UCCCCUCACGGACACCCUCCCAGGCUCGACACAGAACCCAUCGAGCUCUCACGCGCAAGACAUGGAGCUCCCGGCCUAGGGUUAGCUCUGCAGCCCGCCCCCACGUCCGCCGUCCGCCGUCCGGUCGUCCAGGCUGCAGUUCUCCGUCGCCGGCGACAUCCCUGCGCCCCCGUUUUGCUGCCUCCAGGUGGAACGGCCUCCCUGCUUGCUACGUGCUGCCUAGCAUUCAGAAGGCUUGUGCUUGGUUAUUUCUGCACCACCAUUUGCCGGACUGAACAAGCAAGAUGUCUGACAACGCAGAUUGGAAUGACGAGAACACUAGACUUGUGUGUGAAUUAUUUGCUGAACAAGUGACGGCACACAAUCGCAGUGGCACUCAUCUUAACAAGAGUGGCUACAAGAAUGUGAUGGAAAAAUUUAAGGACAAAACCGGGUUGGAUUAUUCUAGACGGCAGUUCAAAAAUAAGUGGGACAAGAUGAGGAGAGAGUAUGCUAAUUGGAAAAGAUUGGUUAAGGAAACCGGAUUAGGAUGGGACAAUGAGAAAAAAACCUACACAGCACCAGACAGUAGGUGGAAGCAGCUGAAUAAGGAUUACCCAGGAAUUAACAAGUUCAAAGAUGGACCUCUUCAGUUCGAAGAAUUGAAGACUAUUAUGUUUGAAGAUAUUCGGAACUCGGGAGACGACCAUUGGGCUCCAUCAAGUGGUGCUGCACCGGCUAGUCAACAGGAUGCUGAUCCUGAUGAAGCGGAUGAUAGGGAUGAAGAUUGUGAUGAUAAUGAAGCAAGUGAUGACUGUGAUGAGUACUCCCCUGAACCUUCAAGGGGAAAGCGUCCUGCUCCUGCUAACCGGAAAGAUAAGGGUAAAAAACCAAAGACUUCAGGAGGGCAUUGGGUACAAAAAGAAUUGAGCAAGCUUGUUUCUUUGAGUGCGAGGAGCACUGCAUCAUGUGAGUCCUUGGCAAAGAAGGAUGAAAGUUCUGGUUGUUCAAUCAAAGAUGUUAUGGCUUUGGUGAGGGAGUGUGGAGCUGUUCCUGGGACCAAAGAACAUUUCAUAGCUUCUCAAGUGUUUGUCAAGCGGGCUGAAAGGGAGAUGUUUCUGACAUUGGAGACGCCGGAAGAACGAUUCCAAUGGCUUUCCAUGAAGCAUAUGUGGAUGACUAGGAAUGAUUCAUCCAUGUAGUGUGAGAGCAUGCACUUUGCAUAUUCCUCUGCACCUUUGCCAAUUUUCCGGUGUGGUUGUACCAUUUUCACAUGAACACAUGACUUGUUUUCUACCAAUUUCCUGGUGUGAUUGUACCAUUUUCAUAUGAACACAUGACUUGUUUUCUACCAAUUUCCUGGUGUACUUUUGUUUCA